AUGGGUGGAUUUCGUGCGGUCGAGGAUCGGCCGACGCCGAAGGAGGUGUACAAUUGGCGUCUCUAUACAGAGUCUUUCAUCAUUGCGAUGGGCUCUUUGCUCUUCGGAUAUGACUCCGCUUUCAUUGGAACAACCAUUGCGCGCAAGAGCUUCGUCUAUGAAUUUGGCAUCACAUCGCUCACAUCCAAGGAGAUAUCUUCCAAUAUUACUUCAGCCUUCCAAGCCGGCGCGUUAGGCGGCGCGCUUAUGUGUUUCUUCAUCACGGAGUAUGUUGGUCGCAAGUGGGCACUCAUCAUUAGCAACAUUGUGUUUCUUGCUGGCGCUAUUCCCAUGGUCGCUGCCAAGAACGACCUCGCAUACAUGUAUGCUGGCAGAGCACUCACCGGCUGGGGCUGUGGUGUGAUCACGGCCACGGUACCUUCCUAUAUCGCCGAGCUAUCGGUCCCUUCAAUCCGAGGUAUUCUUACUGGUCUUUUUGAGGUUACGUACCAGACAGGAUCUUUGAUCGGCUUCUGGAUCAAUUAUGGCAUCAAUCAGAACAUGAGUGCUACAAGCUCAGCAUCGUGGCGCGUGCCCAUGGCUGUUCAGCUCAUUCCCUCUGGAGCUUUAUUGAUCGGUGGAUUUCUGCUUCAUGAGUCGCCCUUGUGGCUUUACCGCAAGGGGCGCGAAGAGGAGGCGAAUAAGAACCUUGUUGCUUUGCGACACUUGCCGAUCGAUCAUCAAUACAUGCAAGAGGAAGUGGAAAUGAUCCGCGCCAGACUUGCUGAGGAAGCCUCGGUUGCGGCGACUUAUGGCGGCGGGUUCUACGCCUACAUCCGAGGAUCGCUACACGAACUUUCGCGAAAAGGAAUGUGGAACCGUUUGCUCUUGGUCUUCUGCGCGUUUGCCUUGCAGAACAUGUCCGGUGCCGCGGCUAUUAACUACUACUCUCCCAUGCUCUUUGGUUCCAUUGGCAUCAGUGAUGUGGCCCUAUACACGGGCAUCUAUGGUCUGGUCAAGGCCGUCGCUUCCAUCAUUUUUUACGGUGCACUUAUCGAUAUUUGGGGAAGACGGAGACCGACGAUUAUUUCAUCUCUGGCCUGUUCUCUCUGUCUAUGGUUCGUUGGUGCCUACGUGAAGGUCGGCAAUCCGGCACCCAUUAUCGCCGCUGGGGGAAAGCUUUCCGCCUCGACCGAAGCUGGCGGCCGCGCCGCUACCGCCGCCAUUAUGAUCUACUCAGUAUUGUGGGUUACUUGCUUGCAAAUGAGAGAGAACGGUAAUACUGACUGGUACAGCUGGUCUUUCGGUCUAAAUGGUAUCCCAUGGAUCGUCUCCGCAGAGAUCUUUCCCGGUGCUCUCCGCAAUUUGACUGGAACCUUUGCCGCUUUCACCCAGUGGCUGAUCCAGUUCAUUAUCACAAAAGCUCUUCCGUACAUCUUUAGUAGUCUCGACUAUGGUGUUUGGUUCUUUUUCGCAUGCUGGAUGCUCACAGCUACCCUCUGGGCAUUCUUCUUUCUGCCCGAAACGAAGGGUGUCACAAUCGACCAGAUGGAUGUUUUGUUCGGCUAUGAAGGUGAUCGUAGGGCCCAACCUCCGGCUCUAAGAUCCGAUGAUGCGAAGAGCGUAGAGCAAGAUGUAAGAGAAGUUGACGAGGCAGGUAGAGCUUGA